AUGACGAUACCAGAAUAUGUUGCUGAGGAAUUUCAGCAAUUUGAGAAUCAACAUAAGCCGAAUUUAGAAGAAACUGAGAUUGUGAAUCUAGGAGACGAAGAGUGCAUCAAUGAGGUCAAAAUUAGUGUCUAUCUGAAUGAAUCCCAAAGAAGGGAGUUGAUUCAUUUGCUUACUGAGUACAUUGAUGUAUUUGUCUGGGUUUACAGCGACAUGCUAGGACUGAGUACAAAUGUGGUGUCUCACAAGUUGCCGAUUAAUUCGGGAUUCAGCCCAAUGAAACAGAAGGCUCUGAAGUUCAAGCCUGAGUUAAGUAUAAGAUUAAAAAAGAGAUCACCAAACAAAUCGAGUCUCGGUUAUCAUCAGAUACUAAUGGAUGAAGAAGAUGCGAUAAAAGCACAAGCCUUGGCUGAUCAUCUGGCAGAGAAUCUUGUCGACAAAGAGUAUGAACCGUUGAAAACAUAUUUUCACGAUGAAUAUGUAUCGUUUGUAGGUGAAGAUAUUUCUGAAACAUACCUAGGUUGGAGAGUAUUCUUUGAUAGAGCGGCAAAUCACCAAGGAAGAUGUAUUAGAGCGGUUUUAGUGUCAGAAUUUGGCCAGCAUUAUCCUAUGUCGGCCAAACUUCUAUUUAAUUGCACGAACAACAUGGCUGAAUAUGAAGCUUGCAUUCUUGGGUUGAAGAUGGACAUUAACAUGAAUGUUCACGAGUUUUUGGUUAUUGGAGAUUCAGAUUUAACACAUAAUGAGUUAGCCGAUGUUCUCGCCACCAUCUCUUCAAUGAUUAAACAUCCAGAUACUAAUUAUAUUGAUCCUUUGGAUGUAGAGCUCAAAGAACAUGUAGUCCAUUGUUCACAAGUUGAAGUGGAACCAGAUGGUUUGCCAUGGUAUUUUGAUAUCCAUUGUUCACAAGUUGAAGUGGAACCAGAUGGUUUGCCAUGGAGGACUCCUGAUUUAGGUCUUCUCAGAUGUGUUGAUGCUAUCGAAGAUGCGAUGCUUUUUGAACAAAUACAUGUUGGAGUCUGUGGUAUGCACAUGAAUGGACUCACUCUAGCAAGGAAGAUCCUACAAAUCAGUUAUUUCUGGAUGACUAUAGAGCAUGAUUGUGGCAAGUUUGUGAAGAAAUGUCAUAAAUGUCAAGUCAUGGAUUUCAUCGGUCCAAUAGAUCCAUCCGACUCUAACGGACACAAAUGUAUUUUGGUUGCCAUUGACUACAUCACCAAGUGGGUGGAAGCAGCUUCGUACAAAUCGGUGACUAAGAAAGUUGUAGUCGAUUUUGUUCGCAAUAAUUUAAUAUGCAGGUUUGGAGUACCGGAAUCCAUCAUUACAGAUAAUGGAGAAAAUCUCAAGAGUUACUUGAUGAGAGAUAUAUGUGAGCAGUUUAAAAUUACUCACCUAAACUCAGCCGCUUAUCGUCCUCAAAUGAAUGGAGCUGUAGAGGCUGCCAAUAAGAAUAUCAAGAAGAUUUUGAGAAAAAUGAUUGAAAAUCACCGAGGUUGGCAUAAAAUGUUGCCAUAUGCUUUGUUGGUACAAAAUGACCGUCAUAACAUUGAUUGUAGCUACCUCAUACUUGCUGGUGUACGGAACAGAAGCACUCAUCCCUAA